AUCAUAACUUCCACGUUUCUCAUUUUGACAGGUUAUUAAAAAAAAUUACUCUAUUUAAUUUAAUUACAAUAAUAAUUAAAAAUUUUUUAUAAAUAAUCAUUAAAAAUAAAUAAAUACAUUAUCUAGGCAUUGCCUAAAUUUUCGUUAAUAAUGCCUCCAAAAAAGUCUAUGGAAGAGACUGAUCGUCUAACACGUAUAGCUAUUGUUAAUACGGACAAAUGUAAACCUAAAAGAUGUAGACAAGAAUGUAAACGUUCAUGUCCAGUUGUACGUAUGGGUAAACUUUGUAUUGAAGUUACUCCAAAUAGUAAACGAGCAGAAAUAUCAGAAGAAUUAUGUAUUGGUUGUGGUAUAUGUGUUAAAAAAUGUCCAUUUGAAGCAGUGACAAUAAUAAAUUUACCAAGUAAUCUUGAAAAAGAUACAACACAUAGAUAUUCUAAAAAUUCAUUUAAACUUCAUCGUUUACCAAUACCACGUCCUGGUGAAGUACUUGGUUUAGUUGGUACAAAUGGUAUUGGUAAAUCAACAGCAUUAAAAAUUCUUGCUGGUAAACAAAAACCAAAUUUGGGACGUUUUAAUGAUCCACCAGAUUGGUCAGAAAUAUUGAGUCAUUUUCGUGGUAGUGAAUUACAAAAUUAUUUUACAAAAAUACUUGAAGAUGAUUUAAAAGCAUUAAUUAAACCUCAAUAUGUUGAUCAAAUACCAAAAGCAGUAAAAGGUACUGUACAACAAUUAUUGGAUAAAAAAGAUGAAUGUGAUAAACAAGGAGAAAUAUGUCGUAUGUUAGAUUUAACACAUAUUAAAGAUCGUAAUAUUGAAGCAUUAUCUGGUGGUGAAUUACAACGUUUUGCAUGUGCAAUGGUAUGCAUACAAAAUGGUGAUAUAUUUAUGUUUGAUGAACCAUCAUCAUAUCUUGAUGUUAAACAACGUUUAAAUGCUGCUGUUACAAUACGUUCAUUAAUAAGUCCAGAUAAAUUUAUCAUUGUUGUUGAGCAUGAUUUAUCUGUAUUAGAUUAUUUAUCUGAUUUUAUAUGUUGUCUUUAUGGUGUACCUGGUGCAUAUGGUGUUGUUACAAUGCCAUUUUCAGUUAGAGAAGGUAUUAAUAUAUUUCUUGAUGGUUUUGUACCAACUGAAAAUUUACGUUUUCGUGAAGAAUCACUUGUAUUUAAAGUUGCUGAAAGUGCUACUGAAGAAGAAGUUAAAAGAAUGAAUCAUUAUGAAUAUCCAGCAAUGACUAAAACAAUGGGUGCAUUUACUCUUAUUGUACAAAAAGGACAAUUUACUGAUUCUGAAAUAUUGGUAUUACUUGGUGAAAAUGGUACUGGUAAAACAACAUUUAUUAGAAUGCUUGCUGGUAAUUUAGCACCUGAUGAAGGCUCUGGUGAUAUUCCAAUGUUACAUAUUAGUUAUAAACCACAAAAAAUAAGUCCAAAAUCACAAGGUAUUGUACGACAAUUAUUACAUGAAAAAAUACGUGAUGCAUAUAUACAUCCACAAUUUAUAACUGAUGUUAUGAAACCAUUAAAAAUUGAUGAUAUUAUGGAUCAAGAAGUACAAAAUUUAUCUGGUGGUGAAUUACAACGUGUUGCAUUGGCACUUUGUCUUGGUAAACCAGCUGAUGUUUAUCUUAUUGAUGAACCAUCAGCAUAUCUUGAUUCUGAACAACGUCUUGUUGCUGCUAAAGUUAUUAAAAGAUUUAUUUUACAUGCUAAAAAAACUGGUUUUGUUGUUGAACAUGAUUUUAUUAUGGCAACAUAUCUUGCUGAUCGUGUUAUUGUUUUUUCUGGUAUUCCAUCAAUGAAAACAACAGCACAUACACCACAAUCAUUAUUAAAUGGUAUGAAUAGAUUCCUUGAACUUCUUGGAAUAACAUUCAGAAGAGAUCCCAAUAAUUUCCGGCCAAGAAUCAACAAAAAUUCAUCUGUCAAGGAUAUGGAACAAAAACGUGCCGGUCAAUAUUUCUUCUUGGAAGAUUAAAUAACCAAAAUAAAAAUAUUUAAUUUUCAAUAUUAUAUAAGUACCAUCAACAAUUGAUAUAUCAAUUCGAUAAAUGUUUUUUUUUUUUUUUUUUCUUAAAUUAUAAAAUUUUAUAAUUCUACAUGAUUCAUUGUACACAGGUGGGGAUUAUAUGAAAUAAAUCGAGAUAAAUAAAUAAA